UCUCUCUCUCUCACUAUCACUCUCAAUGGAGGGUAUCUUGGAAGCAAAUGAAACAAGGGAGGCUGUUUCUUGAAAGCUUCAGCUGGCUCUUACAGAGUCGAUCGCUGGUAGCUUUGCAGUGACCGUACGUGACAAGGCCGGAUGGGGAGAUCAGCCCUCGUGAGGGUGCUGGAUUGUUUGUCGCUCGCGGUCUCCCCGGGUUCUUGUGUUUGCAUGAACACUUGGGAGGAGGAAGAGGAGGAUGGCUUUGAGGAGAAGUCACUGAUCAAAAGCCAUGUGGAGCAGGUUUUGAAGAUCAAAGACGUUCUUGACGGGGGGAAGACGACGCUGGCUUUUCAUCUGGAGCCCAAGACCGUAGUGCUGAGGGUGUCGAUGCACUGCAAUGGUUGCGCGAGAAAGGUUGAGAAGCACAUAUCAAAGAUGGAAGGAGUGACCUCCUUCCAAGUGGACUUGGCGAACAAGAAGGUGGUGGUGGUGGGAGACAUCACUCCCUUCGAAGUCCUGAAAAGCGUGUCAAAGGUCAAGUUUGCAGAGCUGUGGCUGACCUGAACACGGUCAUCAAAAUCCAGCAAGACAUUUGGCCUCAGAUCUUCUCUACAUUUUCCUUUUUCCUCUUCAUUUUGUACUGUAUGUGGGGGGAAAAGCACCGAAAGAGCUAAAGACAUGGUGGUGGGUGUUGUCAUCGUCGUUGGUGAUGAUUCAUUGACUAUGAAAACAUGGUUUCAUGGUUCAAUCAAUGCUGAAGGAUUGGCAAUGGCA